AUGAUGACCAUUGCCCGUGGUCACGCCGAUAUCAUCGUGGCAGGCUCGACAGGAACCCGAGUUCACGAGACACGAACUUGCCAUUCCUACCUGCAAGAUCCCAUCGCCCAGGGAAAUGACGAAUCUUGCGGGAAGUGCCUCCCGUUCGAUCUCAACCGCAAAGGCAUGAUCAUCGGCGAAGGGGCCGGGGCAUUGAUCCUCGAAUCAAAGGAACAUGCCGAAGCGCGUGGCGCCACGAUUCUCGGUGAAGUCAUCGGCCAGGCAAUCUGCACCGGCUGGAAUGCCGACCGAUCUCCUGAUCGCGCUCAAGCGGUUACCAAUGCCAUGGCCACUGUUUGCCGCGAUGCUGGCAUUCAGGCAGACGAAAUUCAGCACAUUAACGCCCACGGCCUCGGCAGCCAGCAGUCCGACUGGGACGAAGCAGCCGGCUUGGCCGAAUUCCUGGGCACAUCCACCGAAAAGAUCCCC